CGUCUUAAUGUUCUAUCUUGUUCUGUUAUUUGCCGUCUUACACGAUGUGGUAUUGAGUAAGCCCAAUAUUAUUUUUAUUCUGGUGGAUGAUUAUGGAUUUAAUGACAUUGGAUAUCACGGUUCAGAGAUCCAUACCCCUAACUUAGAUAGCUUGGCAAAUGAUGGAGUUAAAUUAGAAAACUAUUAUGUACAACCAAUAUGUACACCUACUAGAUCCUGUCUGCUGUCUGGAAGAUAUCAGAUUCAUACUGGAUUGCAACAUGGGAAUAUAGCGCCAUCUAUCCCGAAUGCCUUGCCAACCGAUAGUCUGACUAUAGCAGAUAAAAUUCAACAGGCUGGAUACAGUACACACUGUGUUGGGAAAUGGCAUCUUGGUUUCUACAAAAAAGAAUUUCUUCCAACAAGACGAGGAUUCGAUACAUUUUAUGGUUUUCUGGUCGGUUCUAAAUCCCACUAUCAGCACAGACGUUGUCACAAAGGAAUGUGCGGGCUUGAUUUUAGACAAAAUGAACGACAAAUACGAACCAAUCGAGAAUAUUCGACUACUCUGUUUUCACGACGAGCUGUGGAUAUCAUCAAUAGUCACCAAUCGUCUCAGCCUUUGUUCGUGUAUGUACCAUAUCAAGCUCCUCAUUCUCCUCUACAAGCACCAAAGAGAUAUAUUGAUCAAUACAAAAAUACCAUUCCGGACAAAAAUAGACGACAGUAUGCAGGAAUGGUUUCUGCUAUCGAUGAAGGUGUUGGUAAUAUAACGAGAGCCCUAAAGAGAAAGGGACUCUGGGAUAAUACCAUAUUUAUCUUUUCAACAGAUAAUGGUGGUCAAAUCAGUAGAGGUGGUAAUAAUUAUCCAUUGAGGGGAAAUAAAGGAGGUAAUUUUGAAGGAGGAAUACGUGGAGUAGGAUUUGUGUGUGGCGGACUGGUUAAAAAUAAAGGGACAGUAUCUCAAGAACUUAUGCAUGUUACUGACUGGUUUCCAACACUUGUUAAUCAGGCUCAAGGAAAUUUCGUAGGGGUAAAACCUCUCGAUGGUUUUGAUCAGUGGAAUUCGAUAAGUGGAAGAGAGAAGAGCCCUAGAGAAGUCAUACUACAUGGCAUUGAUCCCUUAGCACGACCGCAGGGUAAAUCGUUAUUAAACAGUAGUUUUGAUACGAGGACAAAAGCUGCUAUUCGAUAUAAAGACUACAAACUUCUGACAGGAAAUCCAGGGUACAAAACUUAUAAUCCAAACCCAAGAACAGGUUUGGCAAGAAAAAUACCGGAAGAGUCAAGAAAGAAAAACGUUUGGUUAUUUAAUAUAAAAGACGAUCCUUUAGAGACAACUGAUUUAUCAGCAAGACGUCCACAAAUAGUAAAGGAAAUGUUAGAGAUGCUAGCUCAGUUUGAAAAAUCUUCUGUACCUGUAAGAUAUCCGCGUAGUGAUCCACAGGCAAAUCCUGAAUUACGUGGUGGAUUCUGGGGACCAUGGCGUUAACGAAUAUCAUUCUCCACUACGCAUGUGCUUUCAAAACUCUCUCUAAGGAAAUU